GUGUCAGUCCGUAUACAGACGUAUUUCAGUGUUGAGGAAAGGAUCCCGCUACAAGUGGUCAAUCUCCGACGUCAUGAUCAGUACACUAGCAAACGCCAAAUACACUGAAAAAAAUCGGGUGCUCAGCUCAGAGUUAGCGAGGAUUUAAGAGAGUUUUCGAUCACCCUCCCUUUAUCAGGUAAAAGUUGUAAAGCAUCCGAGUAUAGUGUACCUAGUCCAUGGUUUAAAUGGCGAGGAGUUGCUCCACCUACACUGGGUUGGACGCAAACUAAAAACUGCCGGGCUAAAUACAACACAUAUAUAGUGUCAAUCAAUCAUGAACAGUGUUUCCUGUUCAAUAGACCUCUCCUCUACCAUAACUUCUUUUUCGGUUUUUGGUUGCACAGAAACUGAAUAUUAGGUAAUAAAUAGCCUGCGAUGGACUUGGUAAUGUUACAGCGGCUUUUAUGAUUCGCGCAAGCGUCGUCUUAUAAUUCAUUACCAUUCCUUCACGGUCAUUCUUGUUUAUUUCUUAUCGAUCGAUUUUUACAGACGAUUUUUCUUGCAGUUUUCGGUCUCGUUUUCUUUCCUAUUUAAAAAACUUCAAAAUGCUUGAUAUUGCUUUAGAGUCUGCUGGAGCUAAAAUCGCUCAAGCAUCUUCAUACGAUGAACGGUAUCCCCCAGAAAAUAUUAUUGAUGGAACAUUGGACACUUUGUGGCCUACUUCCGGCAUGUUCCCUCAAGAAUUUGUUAUCAGCUUUCCAUCACUCAUGAGCAUUGGAAUGGUUAAGGUUAUAUGUUCAAAUGUAAAGAAUCUUCAAAUCCAGAGGAGUAUUAAAUCAGAACCUAUUGAGUUUGAAAUGUUGGCUGAAAAAGAGCUGGAAAAUUUAGAGGGACAGAUGCAGUUAGAAGACAUCAAGGUACCUAUUACUUCAACAACUCAUGUGCGAUUUGUUAUCAAAAGUGGAUAUGAUCAUUUUGUUUCAAUACAUCGCAUCAGUAUUGAUGGUACAGCAGUACAGUAACCAACAUGUAAACACUAACCCAUUCAUGCAGUGUUUAGAGCCUAAUGACUUGUAAUAUACAAUAGAUAACAUUCCUCUGUAUACAUGUAAUAGCAUAGAUGUAGCCUAACAAGUUAUUAUCACGAGAAGAUUUCUGGUUAGAGCAAGAAAAACAUUAAUUUAUUUAUACACUGUGAAUACAAAUGACAGAGUGUUGUGUACUCCAAGGCAUAAAAAGUCAUCAUGUUAAUAAAUGCCAUCUAUUUCAUCAA